UCGCGCCACUUUGCGAUAGUAGACCGACCUCUAGCAGUGAGUUUUCCUAUAAAACCACCGAGUCUUUUCAAUCACAAUCACACACUCAUCUGAUCCCACCAUGAAGACCAUCAUGAGGACUACCUUGCUGGCCUGCAUGCUACUAGCAGCGCUUCAGUUCGCUCAGGCGAGCCCGAGGCCGAGCGUUUCAGCUGCCCUGACGGAAACUAAGGCUACUAACAGUCUAUCUGCCACGUGCAUCGUUCAGAUACUUUCCCAAUUCUUUGAGGAAAUGAAAUAUUUGGUGUACAUCUGCGUAGAAGAGGCAAAGGAGGACCCAUCCCUGCCGUUCAUCAUCAAGUUCCCCAUCUGCGCCGUCAUCGCUGGAGGAGCAGACUUCGUUCGCAUUGCAAUGGACGUGUCCGAGAAGUGCUGAGACACUGCGUCACCGACAACCCGAUUAAGUUGAAGUGUCAGCAGUCUUGUCUUUUUUUAAAACGAAAAUAUACUGCUGCACUAUGAA